AUGUCGGGUUUGAAUCUGGCGACAAAGGGCUCAGCUCCCUCCGACGGCCUAAUCCCAGAUGCCCCGCAAACCACAAUAUUCUCCGACCAGGGACCCAUCUUUAUACUUCCGACACACUUACCAAUGGACCGUCUUCACGGUAUCGAAGACAAAGUGGUGCGGAACGGAGGCACACUGACCUAUGACAUAUCAGAGGCCGAAGUCAUUCUGGGAAAGAUAUCACAGAAGAAACGAGGCGCGCUGGAGCUACGUUCCCGCGGCCUAUGGACUGAAGAAAUCCCUGACCCCGUUCACCUUUCACCACCAUCUCAGUCAGAUGUUAAGCCUGCACUGAAAAGAAGAAAGAUUGAUCCGACCUCUGCAACAUCCACUUUAGCUGCUGAGGUCGUUGAUCUUAGCACCGAGUCGGAAUCUGACGAGAACGAAAUACAUAGUCUCCAUGACCCAGCGAGCCACCUUGUACUACAUCCGGCGGGACCCGGGCCUGAGAAAAGCGUGGCUCUCCUCUCAUUGGAAUGGCUAGAUCAGUCAAUCGCAGCUGGCAGCGUCAUCCCUUGGAACUCAUUUGUAGUGUACAGAGGGCGCAAGAUCCCCAAGCCAGUUUCUGCCCAAUCCCCAACUCUGGCAGCAGCAGUAUCUCAACAGCGAUCAACGAGCGCAAUUCUGCGACGUGCGAAAGAAGAUGCCGUUUCGCAGUCAUCUACAACCUCCUCUCAGCACUCGCACUUCCGACGCCCCAGGGAGCCUCUGGACGGACAAGCUAGCCAGCGUCAUCCGCCAGCGCUAUACCGACAAACAACGUCAGAACAUGACGAGACCGCCGAUCUACCACCAGAACCUGACUGGGUCCGUGAAGGCAUUGCGUACGCAUGUCAGCGCUCUGCGCCCUUGCAUCCGCCCAACGAGGACUUUAUUUCUCAACUCGUGAAGAUCCGCCGCAUCAGGGAACUGACUUUGGACGAAAUCGGGGUGCGCGCAUAUAGUACCUCCAUCGCGGCCAUUGCAGCAUAUCCGUACGUCAUCAAGCGUCCAAGCGAAAUUCUCACUCUUCCAGGAUGCGAAGCCAAGAUCGCAAAUUUGUUCGCAGAGUACCAACAGCGAGGAAGUUGUAAUCAUACUGAUGAGGACGGAAAUGUCAGUGCGGCAAACACUUUGGAGACUGAUCCCGUGCUUCGGGUGUUGAAUCAAUUCAAUUUGAUAUGGGGAGUGGGUGUGAAGACCGCAAGAGACUUCUACUACCAUCGAGGUUGGCGAGAUCUUGAUGACAUUGUGGAAAACGGGUGGAACAGUUUGACCCGUGCUCAGCAGAUUGGAGUCAAGUUCUUUGAUGAGUUUCUUCAGGGAGUGUCUCGUCUUGAAUCUGAGUCCAUUGCGGAGACUAUCUGCCGGCAUGCAAACAGGAUUCGUCCAGAAGCAGAGGGUAAAGUUGAAUGUAUCAUCGUAGGCGGAUACCGACGGGGGAAAGAAUCUAGUGGCGACGUCGAUGUCAUUGUCACACAUCGCGAUGAAAAUAUCACAGACAGCCUCAUCGUCGACAUAGUGACUAGUCUCGAAGCAGAGCAAUAUGUCACACACACCUUGUCUCUUCAUUUGACGUCCUCGCAUCGCGAACAGCAAACUCUUCCCUACCGUGGGGACGAGCCCGGAAGACACCUUGACUCUCUCGACAAAGCCCUCGUCGUCUGGCAAGAUCCACAAUUUGACAAGACGCUCAAGAAGAAUCCAAAUCCUCACCGACGCGUUGACAUUAUCAUCUCACCUUGGCACACCGUCGGAUGCGCUGUAUUGGGAUGGUCCGGCGACACCACUUUCGAGCGCGACCUCCGACGUUAUGUCAAAAAGGCUCAUGGAUGGAAGUUCGACUCGAGUGGAGUGCGUGAGCGUAUCGCGGGAGGCCGAGUGAUUGAUCUAGAACACGGAGGAGAAACUUGGGAAGAAAGAGAGCGAUUACUGAUGGAGCGCAUGGGAAUUGGAUGGAGGCCUCCGCAUGAGCGAUGUACACGCUGA